AUGAAUGGGGAUUCUUUUCGUGAUUGGAUGGAAGGUGUUUUGCCGAGACUCAAGGACAAUUGUGUGAUUGUGAUGGACAACGCUCCUUAUCACUCAGUGAAAAAAGAGAAAUGUCCAACUACGCAAUGGCGAAAGUCAGACAUCAUCGAUUGGCUCACAAGUAAAGGGGAGGUAAUCGAUAACUCGAUGAUAAUUCCGGAGUUAUUAAAAGUGGUAAAACAGUUGAAACCUUUGUAUUCAACCUAUGUAAUUGACGAAAUGGAGCAAAACAAAGUAGUCUUACGUUUACCUCCCUACCACUGUGAGCUAAAUCCUAUAGAAUUAGCUUACCACACCACGAAAGCAGAAGACAAGUUUUGGGACAUGGACAAUUUGAUUGAUGAACUGAUGGCAGAACAACAGACAGUUGUACUAACUAUCGGCAAUUCUGAUGACGAAGAUGAUUCUGAUUUUUAA